AUGAAUCCAUCGUAUCCAUCCCAUGGACCUCCUCCAGGUGGUAUACCAUCUUUACCUGGAGGAUCUUCAGGUAUUCAAAGACCUACAGGAAGUAGUAAUUCCAAUUAUUUUACUGACAAGAAAAAAGGCGAAGUAAAUGAACUCAAGAAUUUACUUCGUGAAGUAACCAUUGAAAAAAGAUGUGAAACGCAAGCUGAAAUGGUAUUAUGUGUUGAUACAAAAGACCUUAUUUCAAAGAAAAUGGUGUAUCUCUAUCUCACAAAUUAUGCUCAAAAAAACUCGGAACUCGCUAUUAUGUGCAUUAAUACAUUGCUGAAUGAUUGUCGGAAUGAAGAUCCAAUGGUACGUGGUCUAGCACUGCGUUCAUUAUGUUCCUUACGUCUUGAUUCGAUACUUGAAUACAUUCACGAUCCAUUACAAGCAUCACUUACUGAUACGAGUGCAUACGUUCGUAAAACGGGUGUUAUUGGUAUUUUAAAAGUCUAUUCACUCAACCCGGAGAUUAUCAAGGAAAGUGACAUGAUUGAUACGUUAUAUAAUAUGAUUCGUGACCGUGAUCCCCAAGUGGUUUCCAAUUGUUUAGUCGCACUGAAUGAAAUCAUGACGGACGAAGGUGGCAUUGCUAUUAAUCAACCAAUUGUGAUGCAUUUGCUGAGUCGUAUUUCGGAUUUUAAUGAAUGGGGACAGUGCAAUAUCCUUGAGAUUGUAGCCAGAUACAAACCCGUCGGACCAGACGAGGCUUUUACGAUCAUGAACACGUUGGAGCAGUGUCUACGCGUCUCAAGCAGUGCUGUUGUGCUAGGCACGGCCAAAUGUUUUUUCAAUCUUACCCAAGCUCGAGGAAUGGAACAGAUUCAGGACCAAGUGUUUGAGCGGAUGCGCCAACCUCUACUUACUUUGAUGGCAGGUGGCAGUCACGAGAUUAACUAUUGCGUGCUACACCAUAUUUUGCUAUUGGUAGGCAAGAAACCGCACGUGUUCAGCCGUGACUACCGUCAAUUUUACAACCGGUACAAUGAGCCUACGCACGUCAAAUACGUCAAGAUUGACAUCUUGGCUCUAGUCGCUGAUGGUGCCAAUGUGGCUGACAUUGUCACGGAGCUUAGUGAGUACGUAACGGAUGUAGACCAGGAGCUGGCUCGCCGCGCAAUUCAUGCGAUUGCCGACGUAGCUGUGAGCUCCAAUUUAUCAGUGAACACGAUGUCUCAACAGUACCCGGGAGGAGGCAAUGUGCCGGAGGCUUACGGUCAGCACGCGGCCGAGCAGCUUGUGGAGCAGGUGCAAGACCACAUUAUGGACACGAUGGUAGACUUUUUGGAACUGGACCUCGACUAUGUGCGCGAUGAAAGUCUUGUCGUUAUGAAGGACUUGCUCCGCAAAUACCCAGAGAAGCGCCACGACGUUUUGCCCGUAUUAGCUCGUAUUGUCGCCGCAGUAGAGCAGCCCACUGCCAAGGCUGCAGUCGUGUGGAUGCUUGGUGAGUUUGGCCAGGAUCUUCGUCGCGCACCGUACGUGCUGGAGAAGCUCAUCGACGACUUCAAUCAUGAGGCUGCUCCAUCCGUACUGCUCGAGCUGCUUGCCGCAACGAUGAAGCUGUUCUUCAAACGUCCCCCUGAGAUGCAAAGUAUGCUGGGCCGACUGCUCAGUUCUGCCAUUAACGAGUCGAACCAUCAGGAUGUACGUGAUCGUGCCCUACUGUACUACCGUCUGCUUGUGCAGCAACCGACAGAACAGGCAGCCGCCAUUGUCGCACAGUUCACCACGGAGGAGACGAUCGGCGUGUUUGCAGAGUCCAUCGAGACAGACCUAAAGGACAGGCUGUUUCAGGAGUUUAAUUCGCUUGCUGUGGUAUACAACAAACCCAGCGAGCUCUUUGUGUCGGCUUCACACCUGGCUGGUACUGUUGCGCCUCUUGAAGAUGAAGGAGAAGAGGAAGAUAAGGAAGACGAAGCUUACGAUAAUGGUGCUCCGCAGCAGCAGCAACAACCACAACAGCAACAACAGCAACAACGCAGCACGGCCCCGACUCCGCAGCCAGCAGCACCCAGUAUGGAUCUGCUGGACAUGGACUUCGAUGCAUCUCCAGCUAUCCUUCCGCCUCAGGUAGUAGGUCCUGCUUUUGCGUUAGUUCCAACGCCAGUCAUGGACGCUCCUACGUUCCAGGGUCAAUGGGGCAGCAGUGCUGUGGUGGCUGAGGUAGUGGUUCAGCUACCGACCUUGCCUCCGCAGGACGAGCUGGAGCAGGCGUUUGCCUCACGCGGCAUUGUGACAAUGGCUUCUGGCGACGUGGGUCCGCAGUACAAAUUCUUUUUCUACGCUCAAGACACGCAGGGCCGCUACUUUAUGUCCGAGACACUAGUAGAGAAAGCAAACCGCACACUCCGGGCUACUAUCAAAGGCGAGGAUGAAACGUCAGGCGCUCAGUUUGCUGAUCUCAUGCGUCGUGUAUUGUUCGGUUGA